UAUCUCCUCUCUUGCUCUUUGAAAGACCCAUACAAAAAGGGAACCGACUACACAGGAAAACAGAAAAAUUGAUUAGAUAUAAUCAAAUGCACAAAGUAAACAGAAAAAUUUGACACUAAUGUGACCUUUUUUUAUAAGUUGAAAUUGAGAAUUACUUAGUGUUCAGACUAAUAGUUUCAAUACUUCUUUGAAUCAAACAACAUCAAAGGUAUGAGGUUUGGUGUGUAAUUUACCUGUAAGUCCAGAAAUACUUUCUAAGGCAACAACUUUCUGUAUGUGACUUCCUGUCUAUAAGCCGUACAUUCAACAACCCCCUGACAAAACCUUUAAUUUUCUACAUGUUGCACGCUCUUGUAUAUUGUAGAAUCACUUAAUUAAUGACAUUCAGGGUCGUCCUAUUUUCUUUAGUACAUGGUGUGUGUAUAUAUAUUUUUUGCAGUCGUCUCCAUCUCAACAAGAAAGCAACAGACAAACAACCCUAUAGCAAGCUUCCUGGUGUCUCACUUCUAAAGCCAUUAAAAGGUGUAGAUUCAAAUCUCAUCAAUAAUUUAGAGACCUUCUUUGAACUAGAUUAUCCAAAGUAUGAAGUGCUCCUGUGUGUACAAGAUCAUGAUGACCCAGCUAUUGAUGUGUGCAAAAAGCUCCUUGGCAAAUACCCAAAUGUUGAUGCUAGAUUGUUCAUAGGUGGAAAAAAGGUUGGCAUAAACCCAAAAAUUAACAAUUUAAUGCCAGGGUAUGACGUUGCCAAGUAUGAUCUCAUAUGGAUCUGUGACAGUGGGAUCCGAGUAACCCCAGACACCCUAACUGAUAUGGCCAAUCAGAUGACAGAAAAAGUUGGUUUGGUCCAUGGCUUGCCCUAUGUAGCAGACAGACAGGGCUUUGCUGCCACUCUAGAACAGGUAUAUUUUGGCACUUCACAUCCCAGAUCAUAUAUUUCUGCCAAUGUAACUGGCUUCAAAUGUGUAACAGGAAUGUCUUGCCUGAUGAGAAAGGAUGUAUUAGACCAAGCUGGAGGAUUGAUAGCUUUUGCCCAGUACAUUGCUGAAGAUUACUUUAUGGCCAAAGCAAUAGCUGACCGAGGUUGGAAAUUUGCAAUGGCCACACAAGUUGCAAUGCAAAACUCUGGUUCAUAUUCCAUUUCACAGUUUCAGUCCAGAAUGAUCAGGUGGGCCAAGCUGCGAAUUAACAUGCUGCCUGCUACGAUAAUUUGUGAGCCAAUCUCUGAAUGUUUUGUUGCAAGUUUAAUUAUUGGUUGGGCAGCUCAUCAUGUUUUCCGAUGGGAUAUAAUGGUAUUUUUCAUGUGUCACUGUUUGGCAUGGUUUAUAUUUGACUACAUUCAACUAAGGGGUGUCCAGGGUGGUGCUCUGUGUUUUUCAAAACUUGAUUAUGCAGUAGCUUGGUUCAUCAGAGAAUCCAUGACAAUAUACAUUUUCCUAUCUGCAUUAUGGGACCCCACUAUAAGCUGGAGGACAGGACGCUACAGAUUACGCUGUGGAGGCACCGCAGAGGAAAUCCUUGAUGUAUAGCCCCAGCUAUGUGACUGUGUUUCAAAAAAGGAAAAAGGAAAAAAAAAAAGUAUUAUAAAUUAUGUUUAUAUAAAUGCUUUUAAAAUCUACCUUCAAUAGUUUUAUUAUAUGUUUGGUAUUUGUUCUUUAAUUUAUUUUUGCAUGGCACUUGCAUCUGUGGAAAAAAUACAUCUAUAGUUUUGGCCAAAUGGUACCUUCUUUUCUGUGUAUAAAAGGAAAUCAAGAGAAUUGGUCCCAGGAUCCAUUUUCUUUUUGAAUGCUCUGCAGUAAAUUCUAAAGGCAGUAUCCUUUAGUAUGGGAAAAGCUUCCAGCUCCUGGUUCGCUAUCUAAGUGAAUUGAGAGGUAAAUGGCCUUUGAUUGGAGAGUAAUAUCACUAUAGAAGUAUAACAGGCAUCUUCAGCAUUUGAAAGAUUAAGCUACAGUAGUGGAACACUAGGAGAAAAGUCUUAGAUGCUUUAUGCCUACCUCUUGUAGUUGCUGCAGAGCAAAUAUAAACUUAAUAGAUAACUAGGCCUUGCAAAAAACAAAAGCUGGAGUCUUGUAUUUAUAUGUAUAUAUUGAAAACUAUUUUUGUCUCAUUGCAAUGAACCAAAAGUGGAUUGAGUUUGAUGGGGUGGAUGUGGGGAAUUAUUCAUUAGCCAUGUGUUGAGGGCAUCUUUUGGCCAACUCUGAUUGGUUCUGUCUUGAACCAUUAUUGAUCACUGUGCUGUAAUUAGCCAGGCUAAUCCCGUUCAUCAUUCCCGUCCUCUUUAAGGAGGCUUUUCGUUUCUGUGAGUGAAUGUUUUGAUAAUUGUGUAUGGGGGGGAGGGGGAAAUGCAUUUCAAAAACAUUUCACACGAGCUAUUUUCUUACACAGUGUCUUAUUGUUAAUAAGAAUGUAAUUUCAUGAUGCAGGUAUUUAAUAUCUUUUUUUAAGUGAGUAUAUAAUAUACCUAUAUUAGUCAUGAAUAAAUAUUGAAUUGCAGUAGAUAUUGUGAGUAUAUUAACAGGCAGGAUGAAUUUUGCUGUUACUGAUGAAAUUGUAACCUUAAUUUAACUAUCAAACUAAGUCUACACUCUUGGCUUUUUGCCUUCUACUGUUAGUCUAGUCUUUACAUUGGAUUUUUUUUUUUGUAUUCCAAUGGUAUGACUAGAUUAUAACCAAGUUGUAAAUGCAUGCUAUAUUCUUUCCCUCUCUGCUCCUAUUAGCUUGUUUUCCACCUCCAUUGUGAGAUUGUUCUUAACUUGUGGUGAACUGGACUUGUUUGGUUUUUUUUUUUUGUUUAAAUAUUUUUUUAAAAAAAUACAAAGCAAAAUUGGAGAGGGACAUUGCAUAAGCCUUAUGUUUCUGUAUAAUUGCAUAUUGCUUCUUGAGAAUGGGAUGAAUGUCUGCUGCUAAAUGCGGUCCUAGCAUUGUCACUAUGGCAGCUUUAAAUCCUAACUUGUACGCCACUCCUCUGUCCAAGCAUAAUGUGUAGCAUAUUAGCAAUAAUUCUAUGUAUUUAUAGAAAAUGGACAAUUUUUUAACUUACUGAGCCGAUCCAUUAGUUUGUCUGAUAUACACACAGGUGUGUGCAUGUACAAAUUCUGGGGCAAAUGCUUCACCCAGCUUCAUAUUCUUUUGCCUUAUGACAUCACUGAAUUUGUUUUCGAAGGGCAUUUUUCUACAAGAAAACAAAGGCUUUUUGAUGCAUGUUCCAUUCUUUAUGUGAAUUGGGAAGAAACUCUUCCUGAGGAAAGUUUCACACUGAAAACCAGUCUAGUUGUGACCCACUAAACAGUUGCUUUUUUAUCACUACUAUACGGCUGAAUUUUGCUGACAAUUGUUUAUAUUUUAUUUGUUUCAUGAAGUUUGGUUGACGUCGUUCAUUGCACUGCUAAAGUGAAGCUGAGCUUGGUACUUAACUUUAUGCUGUUCUUCAUGUGGGCAGUGUAAAAGGAAAACCAAAAUGGCUGAACAGACUUCAUUUUUUAAGUUUUGUGGGUAUGAAGAAUAACUGUUUUGAUGUGCUUUUUGCAUCGGUGGAGCUUACAUCACUAAAGAAAGCUGAAGCUUCACUUAAGCAAACAGCUUGAUUUCUUGUACUCUUAGCAAGUUGAGUUGCUGAAAUGGAAACCAAUACUUUUGAAUACUGCAGAGAGCACUGCAAUAGAACUACAUAAGUUAUGGUUUAAUAUGGAUAAUAGUUUUAAAUCUUGAUCAACAGAUGUCUAAAAUAUACCAUGUUUAUUUAAAAUCAUUGUCUUGUUUUUGUUAAAAUAAAUUUUGAAUACAAUCAAAUGUUUGGAAUGUAAACCUAUUUUUACUUCAACUGAACCACUGUUACCUUAAGCACACACGACUCAGGUUCCAUACCAGUAAUGGUCUUGGUGUAAAAUAAAAAAUUAACUUUAAAUCCUA